GCUUGGCGAGGAAACAACGUAGAGAAAGGUGUUCUGUUAAAGCCUAAGAAAGCUUUAUCAGUUCAAGUAGAUAGCAAAGCCAGUACUAACGAGGACUAUGUCAUCCCCCUGUAUGCAGAUACCCUCGUCUUCUGGGCUUCAUAUCCUGGAAUGCGUAGUUUUAUAUCGAAGAGGAAUAAUAUGAAGGGAAGUGUGUUUCUGCAUUACCUAGCUCAAGUUUUAACCAACGACAGCUCUCAUGAGGAUCUUACAUCAAUGCUUCUCACUAUCACAAGAAGGGUAGCCACUGAGUACGAAUCAAGGAACACUAACAGAGCACUCUGCAACAACAAACAGAUUCCCUACACGGUAUCGACGCUUAUGCGUCAAGUUCGCUUUUAUCCCAAAUAUUUAUGAAUUAAUAUUAUACCUUGUACUUUAUCGAGGGACACAAAAUUUUACACGUACUACAUAAUGCCUAUGCACAACCAAAACAUUAUUUAGAAUUCUUCAUGAGAGAAUAAAUGCAAUGACAAUUUGUGCCGACAAGCAGAGUGCAAGACUGAAAAAGAUUUAUCUUCAGGUUUUUCGACAAACAUCACGAGGCGUUCGCAGCUGAUUGCUUGCUCUCGAAUUCAUGAUAUGAAUAGUGGUCAGCAGAUGUGGGAGAUGAGUGCAUUUUAUAGUGAGCUCAAGAGACGAGGUUCAUGGCACGUCUUAUAGAGAUCAUGGGGUUUCAAGGGAGAGAGACGAGUAGACAAAUAGGCCAUGGCAUCCAAGUCCAUUUCGAAAGUGUUUUUGCAUAAAGCGCGUAACAAUAUAAACUUUAAAUUUUCAUUAAAAAAAGUCAGUUGUAUGCAAAAAGGUAAAAGCAAAUUAAAUAAAAUAAAAUAUUAGGUUUAUUGUUGAACCUUUAAUUUUUUGGAAAGCAAUUUUGGAAAGCAAAGCCUCAUCACUGAGAUGAUGACGCUUUAAAUAACCAUACAUAAUGUGACAGCAUGACAAAUGGUGACAUACUUGAAAUACUUUUGGAGUAAAGGAUGAAAACGCACGGAACUGGAAAAGCAAAUUAAAACUAUUUACAAUGCAACAUACGUACCACAAACAUUUCAAACUGGACCAAUCCACUGUUGUGACCAACAGAUUUUACAUAAAAUUUUUAACUUCCUUAAACCAGACUGAACUUCUUGCUGCAUUAUUGUAAGAUACAACUGAUAUGGCUAAUGUUCCUCAGAUUAAAAGUUCUAAGUUUCUAUUGGGUCAAUAUUUACUGUAACUGCUCGGACACGACACGAGAGUCAUGCAGUACAAAUAUUUAUAUUCUGAGCCACUGGGGAGAAAACUUUUUAUGGAAAAAUCACAAAAAUACAAAUAAAUCAACUUACCGUAACUUAACCUGCAUUUUGAGUUAAAUACCUGGUUAGGUUGGGCUAGAUUUUUUUCUUUUGGGUACCAAAGACUUUUACACCAUAGUUUAAAUGCAUUUAAUGUUAAACUUGUUUAAUAUUUCAGAGGUUACGUAUUAGAAAAACGAUUAACCUUCACCCCCCGCCUCCCUCUAUACAAAAAUUAUGCCUGUGAUGAAUGGUUUGAAAAACCGACAAGUUGAAGAUUGAGACACUUAUGCAGCAUAUGGGAAUCUUUAUUCAGGAAACGUUUCGCCACACAGUGGCUUCCUCUUUGUAUUGGACUGAUGAAGCCACUGUGUGGUGAAACGUUUCCUGAAUAAAGAUUCCCAUAUGCUGCAUAAGUGUCUCAAUCUUCAAAAAUUAUGCCUGUUGCAAAACCCAGUGCUAUUACCGAUAUUUUUUUUAGAGCCCUAAGUCAAUGAACAUUUCGUUAUUUAUGUUUUUUCUUAUAUAACAUUCUGUAUGGGGACCAUCAGAUGAGUUAGUUUCCGGAAAGAAGUUGGGAGAAAGUUGUUUUGAAAUUACAUUAAGAAUAUGAAUUACUAGCAGGUUUUCAGAUCAACACAGCCACUGCUUGCUGGAAGCAGUGAAGGUGUUCAUCUGAAAACUUACUACUAAUUCAUAUCCUGAAAGACCCUCCGAGCUUCGGAGUCUGCUUGUCAUCACCAUCAGCGCCUCCCUACUGCUGUGCUCCCCUCUCCUGUGCUACCACAGUAUUUUGCCACCAUCUCUCUGUGCUGAGUUAGUCCUUGCCCUGUUUACGGUAUACGAUUGACAACAUUCAUCUUCAGUGCUACAUUUUAUGUCCCCGACUUCCCCGCUCUCCUUACUCGAGAGUCCGUUCGAUCGUUUAUUUGCUCGGUAGAACAAACGGCACAACGAACAGAAGAUACGGCGAGACAGAAAUCACAGAGGAAGGCGAACACAGAGAGGGAAUAACAAUCAGCAGUUAGCAUCGCUAAAGUAUCUGGUAAAGAAAUGUGUUAUGCUAGUAUUCUUCCAAAUAUUUCUUACCAGACGUUAUGAUGAACGAUGUUAAAUAUCCCUUCACCAUUGAUUAAAGUUCUAUCUUCAUUUUUUUUCGCCAUAUCGUCAUUAAAAAAGAAUUGCUUGCUAGUCCCAAGGAAAAGAGCAGAAAAGAAGGAUGCAGAAGCAGCUUUUUCAUCAAGCAGCACGUGAAAACCAGCAGUGAAGCCACUGACCACUGGUAAGACAACUGCACCUGCCCUUCGAAUACAAGUUUAUUCCUAGACGAUGGACCACGUCGACCCAUUCUAAAAAAAUAAGUAUCCCUAGUAAGGUUCAUAAAUCUUUUCAUUUAAGAGCAGCAGGUAUGAUCUGAACUUUUGGCUGGAAUAUUCAGUUGUGCAGAAUUUAGUAUAUUGCUUUCCCUGUUGAACUUAAUCAGUAGAACCGGGGUCAUAGUCAGUUUUCACUCAGUGGCCCAGUUUUUUGUAACAGUCUAGAAGCUGUACAACUUUGUUUCUGUAUGCGUUGUGAAUAACAUGCUUAUAAAAAAAACAGGGAAUUUUACUCUUUAAAACAUCCAGUAGAAUUAGAAAGAAAAUUAGACCCAAGUUGGGCCUGUCAGAACACUGUCAAAAUAACAUUACCAACACUUUUUGCAACCCUAAUGAAUAUCAAAUGCACAUAGGGUAACAGACACAAGAACGCUAUACAGUCUCAUGAUCACUUUCACAAGGAUGAAUUUUUUGCAAAUCACGCAGUUUACUGGAGUAGUGGUAAGAAUGAAUGGAAAAGUGUUAGAACCCGGGGAUGAGGUGGAUAACCUAGGGGUGAAAUAUGACUAAAAUGCUUAAGACUAUUCACUUGGCAAAUCUUGCAAGCAAGGCAGCGAAGAAGCUAAUAGCAAUAAGGUGCAUCUCGUACUAGCUUGACAGUCGAGGCAGCAAAACUUCCAGGCACACAUGUACUCUUACACCUUCAGUAUGUUCCAUUUUUUUAAUUAUCCGCCCCCAUCUCAUCUACGACUUCUAGACUUAAACUCUUUCCUUGAUCCAACGUGGAUAUUUCUGUCAUUUCAGCACAUGUAGAGAUGUGGGUAGCCUUACUGUUGAGUACAAGUCCAGGUAUCACACUUUGCUCCGUAGUGCAACACUGGCAGCAAACUACACACUGACUGUACCUUCUCAAGAAUACGUCAUCUGAUGUCAUUCCUUCUUAGAAUGACUAAUCUGAAACAUGUUCGUAGAGGAUAACAACGAAGAAAUAAAAGAAUUCAGUUGACCAAUUUAAAUCACUGGCUAACAAAUGGCUCCAAUUUCAUCCUGUACAGUAUUUGUAUGUUUCAUUACUAUAAAAAAAUAAUAAAGGUUAGGCUACGUAAGGCUUUGAAAUGAGCUGAGAUACCUAACAGUUCUUAGCGUGUGAUUACGAGCUGGCAAUAUUAACGAAACGCUAAAAACUAUUGUUAAAUGAAAGGAAGGAGAAAAAACAGAGAGAAUAAUGUAGGCUGCUACUAGCAAAUAAAUAUCCUCAGUUUCAAGACUAACUCAUUACAAGUAUUUCCAAACUGAUCAGCGAAAAUAAGCACAAAGCCAGAAAGUAUAUCACCAGGUAUAACAAGCGCAAGACAGCGUGAAUCAACAUUCUGAGGAAAAUUAUGAAUUUGUGUCACCUUGCGUCGGAGCAGAGAAUGUCCCAGGAGAGUUUAUUACGUCAGCCGUCAAUUAGGGCGACAAUGGGCAGUAAAAUGAAUGACAAAAGACCCAUCACGUCAGUUGAGGUGCUGAGCCACAAGGUCUGCCCUCUGAUAUGUGUAGUUCAUUAUCCUUCUGCACACUCCUACGGCUAUUUUUCUUUUUCUUAGCGGCGCUCAAGGCGCAUAUUCUAGGACUUAUUGAAGGUUCGACUGCGCAGAUAUUUCAGUUUAUAUUCAUAACUGGUUAUCUUCACUACAGUGUGAAUGUAAUAUUUUCAAAGAAAUUCUUUGCAAACACAGCUUUAACAGAACAGUAAAUUAUGUAGUUACAUUACUUACUAGCUGUUCAUUCUUUAGUACACAGUACCUCUACCACACGGUCAAACCCCAGAUAAGUAUGGACGCCUAACAUUAUCCAGGCGUUGUUUUCCCAUAAUUCAGAGCAUCAAGCAAUGUUCAAGUUAUUUCAUCUUAUUUAGCCUCAUGCACUGACAGAUAUUUUAAUGUAUAACAAUCUACAAACGAGGAAAAUUAUUUGCAAAUAAUAUCCCUCAGACAAGAACAGGACUCGAACCUACGAACUCUUUCGUUGCAGAGGGCUAAGGUUCGAGUCCUGCUCUAGUCUUAGAGAAAAUGUUUGUAAACAAUUCCGUCAGCAAAUUGCUUAGCAUUAUGUACAUCCAGUGUUCUGCCGAUACCAAUACUUUACCUAUAUAUUU